AUGGGGACGAGGCUCACGAGGAACGCGGCGCCGCCUCGUUGUGUAUUGUUGAUGAGAUGUGUGUGCGUAGAGUCGCUGGGCGACAGGCUGGAGCGCGUGAUGGGGGACGAGGCGCACACGAGGACACGCGGCGCCGCCUCGUUGUGUAUUGUUGAUGAGAUGUGUGUGCGUAGAGUCGCUGGGCGACGGGCUGGAGCGCGUGGUGGGGGACGAGGCGCACGAGGAGACGCCGCGCCGCCUUGUUGUGUAUUGUUGAUGAGAUGUGUGUGGGUAGAGUCGCUGGGCGACGGGCUGGAGCGCGUGGUGGGGAACGAGGCGCACGAGGAGACGCGGCGCCGCCUCGUAGUGUAUUGUUGA